AUGCUCAAGCUUUUCGGCAUCGGGCUCUUGGAGUCCUCGGUCCAGUCGGCCAUCCUACGUGCGGGGCUGCUCUUUGCCCUGCUGGCGGUGGCUGGCUUUGUGUGGGUGGUGGUCAACACCUGGCAGGUGUACAUUUAUCUGCGUCGGCAUCGCGAGCGCGCGGCCGCCGUCAAGCGGGCCACCAAGAAGGAGCUGGUCAAUGUUCGUCUCAGCCGCAAGCGCCUGGACCAUGAGAAGGCCUAUCUUCGCCAGCAGGCGCGCUUGGUGUUGAAGCCUCUCCGUCGGACUGGAGCCACGGAUGCCGCCGCCGGAGCCUCGCCCAGCUGCCAGCCGGCCCAUUGUGCGGACGGCCCCCGUCCGGAGGCACGCCAUCCCCUGGCGCCGGCGAUGACGGAGUCCGGCCAAGCCUCGGAGUCGAUGGCGGCCGGGCAGCGCCGGGCAUCGGACUCGGCGAAGAGCCUCUUUCGGCGCUUUUCCUUGCUGCACGAUCAAACCGGCGGCGUGCGGCCCCUGCACGAGUGGGCAGCCUCGCGGAAUCAAGUCCGGGCCAUUACUCGCCGUGCCAGCUCGGCCACAGGCCCCGCGAUUUCCGCCAGCCUGCUGGCCCGCCGGCGGGUCCUCUGCCGGACCAAGAGCGCCGGCGGCUUUGCCGAGGAGCCGAUCGGCACCGGGUCCCCGGGCAAUCUCGGCUCAGUCAGCUCCCUGGCCCGGGGUCCGGGGCCUCGGGCGACCGGGGGCAGCAUGCUGCCGGGCCUUGCACGGUACACGGAGGCCCUGCGCCUGCAGCGGCCGCCGGUUGCCGGGCUGUCAUCGGCCGCGGUCCCUGCGGCCCGACUGCCGCGUGUCAAGCGCACCCUCUCCUGUGACAUCGUCAUCCAGUCCAACUCCACGGAGGUGGUGCAGUUCCGGCACUUUGAUCAGCGCUUUGUGGACGAUCGGGUGUGGUCGCCGGAGCACGGGGCCAACCCGUUGCUGGCGGACCCCAGGUCCGGCGGGCUGGCCGGUGCCGGCUCGAUCACGGUCCUGGAUGACGACCAUGAGUCCGACACCGACACCCAUGGGGCCUCGGCGGCUGACGCCGCCGGAGCCGGCCCAGGCUGUGAGGGUGAAGGUCCGCUGGACAUUUUCCGAGCCAUUCGCCCGGCCACGUCCGGGCGUGGCUCGCGGCCGGGCAACCCCACUGGCGGCGGGGCCCCGGCGCGGACCUGCAUCCCCCACAUGGAUCUCAUCACCACCACGACCAUGACCACCACGACCACCAUGACCACCACGACCACCACGACCACCACCCUGGCGGCGGCGGCGGCGGCGGUGGCCGGCGCCGGCGCCGGCGCCAGUCGCAAGGGGGCCCGGCCCAUGCCGAGUUCCUGGUCGGCCCUGUCCGGGGGCCUGCUGUCGGUGGCGUCGCGGGCGCUCCUCCGCCGGCGGGCCUCCCUCGGCGGUGGCCCGUCCACCGGGGGGACCUUCUCCGAGCGUGGCAUCAAGGUUUCGGCCGGUAGCAUCAAGAAAACCGCCCACUGGAUCAUCAACCGCAAGCUCCCCUUCCAGGACGCGGUGGAGGACGACGAGUUCAGCCCCCACCGGACGGUGGACAACGAGACAUACGAUCGCAUGGUGCUGAAUGUGGCACACGAUGCGCGGGAGCGCAUCCUCGGCGCCUGUCAGGCCGGGGUCACCCCCGGGCCGGCCAUCCGCACGGCCCCCCGCCUGAAGCUGCUGAGUGCCCGUCUGUCGUCACUGAAUGAGGCCGGCGAUUCGGCCGAGGCUCGGGCCACUCUCGCCGGCCAGACAGCCCCACUGCCGGCUCUCCCCCCGAAGCCCACCAUGGGGUCGGUGAUUGCCGGGCAUGUGGCUGCCACGACGGCUGCGGCUGCGGCGGCGGCGGCGGCGGCGGCGGCGGCGGCGCCGGGCGCCGGGCCCGGCUCGGUUAGCGCCCCUUCCGGAGCCCCGCCGGCCUCCUUGGCGAUGCCCUCGAUUCCCGAGGCUGGUGCCUCGCGCUCUUGCUCGCCCAGUCCCGCCGCCAACGGCGCUGGGGGCCCGACAGCAGCGGCCAGUGGCAUGGGCGAUGCCACGGGGCCAGCGACACGCACACGCAUGCGUCGCGCCUCGCUCGGUCCCUUCCGCCUGACGUCGCAACAGUCUUCCCCCCUGCCGAGCGCCUAUCCCGGGCCGACGCCCCACUCGGCCGGGCCCUGGUCUCAUGGCUGCUCCUCGCCGUCGACUUCCUUCGAUGCCCUUGCGGCGGCGGCGGCGGCGGCGGCGGCUGCUGCGGCGGCGGCAGCCGAUGCCCCCGCCCCGAUGACUGGCCCUCCUGCGGUCGCGUGUGUGCCCGCUGCUGGAGCGGCCAGCGUGGUGCCACCGGCUGGGCCUGCCUCGCAUUCGGGCCUGACGCAGCCGAUGGCGGAACUGCCACUGAAGCCGAUCGAGCUGCCGCCCUGCCCGCGGCCGCGAGAGCAGCGGUCGCCCUCGCUGCCCGGGUCGCCGCCCAUGCGUGUGGCCGCCCUGCCGGAGCCCAUUUCCGAUCGCCUGGAAGCGCUGGCCAGUCCAUCAAUGUGUAAUGGCAGCCCCUUUGUCAAUAGCCCGCCCUUGACGCCGGCCUCGGUGACCCGGAGCUUUGCCGACGCCUCGAUGCAGGCCGCCGGGCCGGCAAGUCCCACUUUCCAGCAGCCCCUGGCCCCCAAGCCCCUACUGCCGGCGCGCCCAGUGGCCGAGCUACUGCUGGCCAAUCAUGCUCGUGGCUUCUCGGAGACCGGGACCCCGGAGCUGCCGCCGGCCCUGCCGCAUGUGGCCUCGCAGUGCCCGGGCAAUGUGGCCGGGCCGGCAUCGGUGCUGGGCAUGCCGGGCCCGAGGCCCUUGCCGCAUGAUGGGGCCCUUGCGGUGCCCGGCGGCCGGGCGGCUCAGGACCCGGCCCCGGCCCCGGCCCCGGGACCGAUGCCGCCCCCGGGUCCAGCGCACCCGCUGGGCCUCCAUCCGAUGCAGCUUUACACCCCGAACAGUCACCCCCCCGGGAUGCCAAGCAACCCGGAGCACCGAGCCAUGAGCUGGAAGCCGGCUGGCCUGAGUCCCAUCCAGGAAUCGGCCAGCCCCUAUUCGGCAUCGCCCAGCAUCGGAGGCUGGGUCAGUCCCACGAUGCAGGGCCUCGCCGGGCCUGCGGCCUCCGGCUCGCCAGCAUGCGGGGUCCUUGCUGCUCGGCCGGGCCCCAGCCCGGGGGAUAGCUUCUCCUGCCGGUCGGGACUGUCCAUGGCCCUCGGAGGCCAGGUCCCCCUCGGCGUCAUGGACGAUGAGGAUGCCAGUGUCAGCAUCAUCAGCUCCCGUUGUCCGGCGGCCAGCGGCGGCGUUGUGUCUUUGAUCUCCACCAGUCGCGUGGGGCCUGGCGUCCGGCCUCUGUCGCCCCCGCCCUCGCCUCCAUCGCAAAUGGCCGCAAAUGGCGCGACGGCGACGGCGACGGCGACGGCGACGGCGACGGCGACGGCGGCCCCGACGACGACGGCGGCUCCGACGCUGGCCGACCAGCCGGCCGUGGAGAGCCUGCCUGCCCGGAUCGAUGCCGACAUGGUAUUUUCGAGCCGCGGCAAUCCGGCCACUUGGCGACCCCCUCGGGCCCGUGUCAUUUCCGAGGUGCCCUUGCCUCCGGCUUUGUCCCGGCGCAAUAGCCUGGCCAAGGGUGUGGCCAAUGGCCGGCCGACCAUGCCGCAGGAACCGGAGGCCGGCAGCUGCCCCUUGCCGCCACGCAUCCGGCCGGAGCCACGGCCGCCGGCCAUCUCGCCGGAUGGGCACAUGGCGGGGCCGGCAUCAUCGCAACCCCUCUCGGCCUCCCUCCCGCUGGCUGGGCCGAAUUUGGUGUCGCGGUUCACCGCGGCCACUCGUCGGGGGAGCUUCUCCGCCCGGCUGGAGAUGCUUUCCACCUCGGAGGGGUUCACCCCGCUGGCCCUCGGGGCCCAGGGAGACGGCAGCAAGGCCGCCAGUCCGGAGAGGGGCCAGCUGCCGCCGCUGCCGCCGGCGUCCCUGCUUGCGGCCGGUCACCAGAUCCUGGUUCAGCCCCCCUCGCCCCUCGUCCAGGUACCCCAGGCGGUGAGCCGGCCCCCAACGGCCUCCCUGCCCCGGAUCACCAUCAACCCCAGCAACAGCCCGCCCCUGCCGCCGGCCCUGGUUCCGCCGCCGGCGGGCGUGGCCGACCCCGGUCGGAGUGGCGAUUCGUCGGUGCUCAGCAGCCCGGCCGAAGCCAAUAGCCUCCCCCGGCCGCGGCAGCGGCGGUCAUACUCCAUCUGCCACAGUUUGGACCCCUCGUCGCCGAAUCGGCCCGCCGUCGACGAGAAGGGGCUCUGGUCGUUGGCGGCCGAGCGCCGCCGGCCGCUCACUUGGGACUGGUUCAAGUCCACCGAGGGGGAGAUUUGGCGGGACAUUCCCCUCUUUGCCCAUGCUCCCAAGGGGUCGUACCUCAUCUUGCCGGAGACGGCGGCCAUCAUGGCCGGCGGUGCGACCAUCUUGCUGCAGUGCGCACAUCCCUUUGUGGCCACUGCGGUGCGCAACCACUCGAAGAUCGUCGACCGCCAGCCGGCGCCCGGGCCGCGCCAUGGGAACUUGUCAUCCUCGGCGGCGGCCUUCGUCGCGGCCCCGGCCAGUGGCGGCAUUACCAAGCGCUUUAAUGGGACCCUGGCCAUGAUGUACCGGAUCGCCUUCGGCACCUUUAAUGAGGUUCUCUCGACCAGUCGCCGGGUUUAUCGCAUGCACGAGCGGGCGAAGGGCCUGAUUCCGGAGCUGACGGUCGAUGGGAAGCCGGCUCCGAAUCUCGGGCCGCGGUACCCGCUCGGAUCGACCUACAGCGCCCGCGAUCCGGGGGCCCUGCAGUGGAUCGCGGCCACCGUCCAGUACAUGCAGUUUAUCGCCACCGAAAUCAUGCUCGGCCGGGAGUUCAGCGUCCACGAGAAGGACUCCGUCAUCAAGCACAACCGGCAAUUCAUCUAUCCCUUCUUGGGCCUGGACCCGCGGAGUCCCGGGUCCACCAGCUGCUGGGAGGAUCUGGAGGUGUAUUUCCACUCGGUGUGUGAUUCGAUUUACACCGAGAUGACUACCAAGGAGGAGCCCCAGGUCGCGCGAGGCAGCCACAAAGGCAACCCCCUCCAUAGGAAGGCCGCCCUGGCGGCCGGCACGGAGCCCGAUGAUGAGGAGUGGUUUGAUGCUGUGCCUGCCAUGCUGGCACCGCACUCGCUCGACGCCAAGUUCAUUAGCGACAUUGUGCUGGUGCCCUUCCUGCCGAUUGAGCGCUCGCUCGGUUUGAACAGCCUGGCCUCGAUCACCGCCAUCAUGCUCCCGGACAAGAUUGCCCAUGCCUACAAGCUCCCGAUGCGGCCGAUCGACCGGCUGUAUGGGCUGCUGAUCUUGGGUGUCGCACGGUCCAUGUAUCGCCUUAUGCCGGAACCCCUGCGCCAGUGCACCCCAUACCGGGGGUUCCUGGCGCGGCUGCGUAGCUUGGCCGGGCGCUUCAAUCGGACCUGGUCCACGCGUGCCCCGUCCAAGUACAAGUCCAUGGGGCAAGGAAUCAAGGUCAUGCGACAGCUGAAGGAUGAGGAGUCCCGCGAUUCGGCCAAGCCGCAGCCCGAUUGGGCCAGCCGCGCGGCCAACUUCCUGGGAGUGCGCAUCCUCGACAUGGCCCUUGCCCGGCUUGUGUCCACCUCGGACCAGAUCAACUGAUGGAGGGCCAGAGGUGCACCUGUGUGAGGGGUGUGCGCGCGCCGCCACACCGACAUACCGGAGAUCGAUGUCAGGCCGCGUGUUGCGCCUCGGGCGGAAUGAUUCCAAGCCCCUUCCCUUCAAUAGCCCCCCUUUUCCUGACAUCGUGCACUGUGUGUCCUUCGGGUUGGUGGGAGAAGGGGGGAAACCUCGAAACGGGGCUGCUCGCCGUCGGGGAGCCUCAUAUGCGGGUGCCUGGGCCAAGGCGAAUCCCUCGCCCUGUGUGCCACAGGGAGUGACUCGCGUGUCUCGACACUCAGGCCGAAGGGAGGGGAGCACGCCUUUUUUUUGAUGGAACCCCCCGGUACCUCAUGCAGGGGCAUCCGUGAUCCAUUCCCUGAGACUCUGCUUGUUGCAGGCCUUGGCCUCGUCCUCGCCGCCACGGUGCAACCUCCCCGGUGUAGGUGUGGGGCUUUGGCUGGGCAAAGGCGUGUGUGCGUGCUGCGGCCUCACGCCGCCUCUCCGCCUCCUGGUCUCGACCCCCCGUCCACGGUCUCCUCCAUGGGGCUUCCCCUCACACGGUCAGCCCUUGCGCCCCGGGCGCGCUCCCUAUCUUCGCUUCUCGCGCGGUGAAUCCACUUCGCUCCCGGCUUCGCCCCGGGCCCGGGAGAAACUCAGACAGGGGCGAACAUGAUCCCAGGGAGGGAGCGCCAAGCGGCCCGAGCGGACAAUCCUUCCGCUGGAGGUUCAAAAAUACACAUCCAAAGCUACG